UGGGCCGGGGGCGUUGUCCGCCCGGGUCACCGCUCUGUGGCCUGCCAGGCGCGCGGGUGUCCAGGCACCGCCCGCCCACGCGCGCCCCCGAGGCUGCGGUGCAGCAGCGCCCACUGCCGGGUUUCCGCUGUCUCCCGUGGACCUUUCUCCCCCCCGGGUGUGUUUCCACUGCUGGAGGUGUUCCUCCCCACCAAGAAUGAAACAUGACUGAAGACUCGCAGAGAAACUUUCGUUCAGUGUAUUAUGAGAAAAUGGGGUUUCGUGGAGUGGAAGAAAAGAAGUCACUUGAGAUCCUCCUGAAAGAUGACCCCUUGGAUAUUGAGAAGCUUUGUACUUUCAGCCAGCGCUUCCCUCUCCCGUCCAUGUACCGCGCACUGGUAUGGAAGGUGCUUCUAGGGAUCCUGCCUCCCCACCACGAGUCCCACGCGCAGGUGAUGAUGUAUCACAAGGAUCAGUACUGUGAUGUCCUUCACGCCCUGAAAGUGAUUCGCUUCGUGGGGGAGGCCACCCCCCAGGUAGAAGUCUUUCUUCGCAUGUGUCAGCUGGAGUCCGGGAAGUUGCCUCGAAGUCCUUCCUUUCCACUGGAGCCAGAAGACGAAGUGUUUCUUGCCAUUGCCAAAGCCUCGGAAGAAAUGGUGAAAGACAGUGUCGACUGCUACUGGAUCAUCCGAUGCUUUGUGAACCAGUUAAAUACCAAGUACCGGGAUGCUUUGCCGCAGCUGCCCAAAGCAUUGGAGCAGUACUUGAAUCUGGAAGACAGCAGACUGCUGAAUCAUCUGAAGUCCUGUUCUGCAGUGUCUAAGCUGCCCUACGAUCUCUGGUUCAAGAGGUGUUUUGCGGGAUGCCUGCCCGAGUCCAGCUUGCAGAGGGUUUGGGAUAAAGUUGUAAGUGGAUCCUGUAAAAUCCUCGUCUUUGUAGCUGUGGAAAUUUUAUUAACCUUUAAACUAAAAUUAAUGGCACUGAACAGCGCAGAAAAGAUAACAAAGUUCCUGGCAAAUAUUCCCCGGGACAGCUCGGAUGCCAUCGUGAGCAAGGCCAUUGACCUUUGGCACAAGCACUGCGGGACCCCCGUGCAUUCGGCCUGACCACUCCCACUGGCUUUGGCUAGGCCCCUUGAGCAUCUGUUCUUGUCACCUGCCCUGCCCCACCCAGUGCGGUGGUCUUGCUCUGGUGCUCAAAGUGCAGUGUUUUUUUCAGUAAAAUAAUUUAAUUAAAAUACCCA